AUUCUUGCAAUACUUGCAUCCCUAGUACACGUACAAAACAAAAUAAGACGACGUUUUAAUCGACGAUUUAAAAUCACACCAGGCGCAAUGCAAUAAGUUCCGUGCACCGGAGAGUUUGUAUAUACCACAGGUAGCAGGCCAGUACCACGAGUUAGGGAUUCGGCCUUUGAUCUCAGCCGUCGGACUUGAACCAGAGGGGACGGUCUCGGCCGAAAAAUGCUGGGUGGUAAACGAACGGGAUCAAGGCACAUAGCCGUGGUGCUGCUGAUGUGUCUCUUCUGGUACGUGAUCUCCUCUAGCAACAACGUGAUCGGCAAGAUGGUUCUGAACGAGUUUCCCUUCCCGAUGACUGUGACUCUGGUGCAGCUGUGCAGCAUCACCCUGUACAGCGGGCCCUUCUUUAACCUGUGGCGCAUUCGAAAGUACAAGGACAUACCGCGCUCCUACUACUACCGCCUAAUAGUUCCCCUGGCGCUGGGCAAGCUCUUGGCCUCCGUCACUUCGCACAUCUCUCUUUGGAAGGUGCCAGUUUCAUACGCGCACACAGUUAAAGCCACAAUGCCACUAUUCACCGUCGUCCUGACUCGCCUCUUUUUUGGCGAAAAACACCCCACGCUUGUAUACCUAAGCCUGCUGCCCAUUAUUACGGGUGUAGGCAUUGCCACCGUGACAGAGAUCUCAUUCGACAUGAUGGGCCUGAUCAGCGCCCUAAUCUCCACAAUGGGCUUCUCUAUGCAAAACAUAUUUUCCAAAAAGGUGCUGAAGGACACUAACAUACAUCAUUUACGGCUGCUGCAUUUACUCGGAAAGCUGUCGCUGCUCAUUUUCCUGCCCCUCUGGUUGUACAUUGACAGCUUUGCUGUAUUCCGCCACUCAGCCAUUAAAAACGUAGACUACCGGGUGAUUGCUUUGCUUUUCGCCGACGGCGUCCUAAAUUGGCUGCAAAACAUCAUUGCUUUCAGCGUCUUGUCACUGGUCACUCCACUUACUUAUGCUGUGGCCAGUGCAUCGAAGCGGAUCUUUGUGAUCGCAGUGUCACUUCUAAUCCUGGGAAAUCCAGUUACGUGGGUCAAUUGCCUCGGCAUGGCGCUGGCGAUUGUCGGUGUGCUAUGCUACAAUCGCGCUAAACAGAUUACGCGAAGCCGGGAGCAACUGGCAUUGCCGCUGUCACAGAAAAGCAAUGUUAAGUACUCGCCGCUGGAACAGCAAACGGAUCCAUAUUACCGGGGAUCUGUCAACGGAAAACUAUCCAAUGGGUUGCACAGGACAACCGGAAACAGUCUGCUAGCUAACGGCAGCGGAAUGCCAAGCGGGACAGCAACGCGCCUGCUCUUUGUUUAGUUUUUAGUUAGCAAAUGUAUUUAAUAGGCGGUUUAAGUGAAUAGUUUUUAUUCCGUGAGCAACAGCACCUUGUUUCCGUUUUCUCCCUUUUUCUCUCUUUAUACAUGAAUAUUUAUAUUUAUAUUGAAUACGUUUGACUAAAGUGGCACAACUCUAAAUUCAAUAAGCUUAGGAAGAAGCAGAGUUUUCUUAAGAUUUUCAAUCUUAUUUAACAAAUGCAGAUUGUAACUACUCGAAGGUUUCUGUUUCAUAAUAAUUAACUUCAUGUGUCACUGAGCUAUAAGUUUCCUUGUUUAAUUACUUUGAAAUUUAAAAAGAUGUCGAGGUGGAGAAUGUUCAAAAAUAUUAUGGCUAAUGAUUAGUAUGUAAACUAAAUUAACUGCAGAAGUGUCUUUAACAAAAAACGUAAUUUUUUUAAAUAUUUUAUAAACCUCACCUAAUGUUCGGCAAGAUUUUCAUAUAAUUUUUGCGAUAAGAAAAAAGUAACUUUUUACACAAAGUGUACAAAAUAUGUAAGCGCGCGACAUCCUUUUGUAAAUAAAGUCGAAAAUAUAAAAUUUUAA